UGAGUUGAGGUGGCUGUACUGGCUUCUGUUUCUCUUCACUUUCUCCAGCGACGUUGUGUUUGGAUGUUGUCCACCCACGUAUAGUAGUGUUCUGAGUUUAAAAUCUAUUUUUACAUCAUAUUUAACCUUUAAUUAUUGGUGAAAGUCGUUUUAAGAGCAAUUUCCAGUGUUUUUGUUCGACGCCAUGGAUUCCGCUAGUCAAGACAUCAAUCUGAACUCUCCAAACAAAGGCCUGAUCUCUGACUCCGUAUCAGAUAUCCCAGCAGAACAAGGAGCCUCUGUUGUGAGCCCUGCUACACUUCCUCCAGGCCUCACCGAGGAGGAGGCUGAAGAACUGAGAACAGAACUCAUCAAGGUAGAAGAUGAGAUUCAGACCCUGCGGCAGGUGUUGGUGGCCAAGGAGCGCCACGCGUCUGAACUGAAGCGUAAGCUGGGCCUCAGUCCUCUGUCUGAACUCAAGCAGAACAUUACCAAGGGCUGGCAGGACGUGCAGACAUCAAAUGCAUAUCUUUCAGCCUCCGCCACUCUGGAUGACAUUACCCACUCUGAAGUGUACAAGAAGACUCAGGAAACACUGUCUCAGGCAGGACAGAAGACCUCGGCAGCCUUCUCCACCGUGGGCUCUGCUAUCAGUAGGAAAUUUGGAGACAUGAGGAACUCACCAACCUUCAAAACGUUUGAAGACAAAGUUGAAAACAUUAAGUCCAAGGUGGUUGGAGAAAAGGCCAACGGUGAGAACCCUCAGUCUCCCAGCGAAUCAAACCCCGUGCAGGACAACGCUCCAUUCUGAGCUCCUACGCUCCAAAUCGGACACUCAUCUCAUCCUUUAACGAUGCCUGACCCUCUACAUCUGCCAUUAGUUCUGUUUUUUCUCUCUGUAUCUGCCUCUCCUUUCUGUUCUCUUUUCUCCCGCCCUCUGCUACCCAAAGAUUGCAUGUGCCCGUCUCGCCUGUCUACUCGCGUGCACCCUCCACAGCUUCGUGACAUGAACUCAUCCAAGAAGGAUUGUACAAAAAAAAAAAAGAAAAAUGUUAAACCAUUUUGUAUUCAAAAGUAUUUUACACUGCUUUGCAUAAUGUUUUUACGUAACUUAUAACAAUAUAGAAAUCUAAAGAAACACAGAUUAACUAUAUUCAAACUGUACUGCCAGGCAGCAUUUAUCAGAUGGUGAGAGUAAAUGUGAAGAAAAUCGACUGAAACAUGAGACGGGAGGGCGUUAUUGUUAGAACCGCUCCCGAAAGAGGAACUUGCUGCAGUUUUCUAUGCUACCUUAAUUUAACUCCUUUUUUACUCAAAGUACAAUGUAAAGCAAUGCUUUCCUGUACACUCGAUGAUUGUCUAAUUCUCUGCCUUACACUUUCACGUUACGUUUCUUUCCCUUAAUUUCGCUGGUCAGAGUAUGUCACUUAAGUUUUUUCUGUUAUUGCCAUUCACUUGUAAUUAUUUUGAGGUCAAGUGUCAGAAGGGUGGGCUUUGCUUUAUUUUGCUUUGUGCCAGCUAUUGGAUGCCAGUUAAAGACCUUGUGCUGUUGAAACAAAGAGCUAUCUCACCAGCUCACACUUACACUACCAUACUUUUAGUCACUAUUGAAAAUGGUUCUUAUAUUCUUAUAUUAACCUGCACUACCCCAACAUCAAAACACUGAGGAACCCAGUGGUGUCAAGUUCUUUUUGUUAUCUGUGUAGUUUGUUUUGGUAGCACAGUUAGUCUUUUCUCUUUAUUGGGAAGUUGUCAUCCUACUUUUUCAUCGUGUCAUUUCAGUAGUGUAGUACUAGCAUUAUUUUAGACUGAAAUUAAAUGUAAGGGAAUCGUCAUGUCUGAUAACUAUAUAAUAAAAUAACUAUAUCUGUGUUGCCAGUAAUACACCGCAGGAGUUGUUGGCUUUCGAAAUACAGCUUAUUUUACUUACAGAACAGGUGGCCAUAUCUGUUAUACAGGAGAGAAAUGUAUCAUAUUGAGCACAUCCUCAGAGAGAAAUGAUAAUAUAUAAAUGGACCGGCUGUUGUAGAGAGAACGAGCACCAUACAGCUUUAAGUUAGAGCUUCUAGCUUAACAGGACAAAAAGUUUGGUUUUCUUUCAAGUGGAAUACUUAUCAUUUAUGUUAAUGCCAAUGUUUAUCAAUAAAGCAUUCCUUUAAAUUAA